AAGCGCUUUGGUUUUCCACAAUAGUUGAGCCCAAGUGUUGUUCUUCAGCAAGAUCCGUUUUCCAGUAGAUUCUUUCCAGCGCUUCAAUUCUCAGAGAGUUAGUUAGCUUUCCACAGUUUGGAUGUGCAAGAGAUCAACUCGUGUCCAAGUCCAAGUGCAAAAAAGACAGGAUCUGUCAACGCCCUCUCUUUGUAGUUCUUUGACGGAACUACACAUCCCGACGAGCAUUUCACCUAUUGCCAUAGCAGCGGGAAGUUGGAUUGUGUCUACCAUCAUGGAUGGCCAGAGUCGAGUCUUCGCUGCGAUACUACCGGCUGCUGGUCGGGAAUUCGACGGUAACGAAAAAGAGCAGGGACUCGAAGCGCGAGCAGUUACUCGUCAAAGUCCCAGUAACCGGGUAAGGGAGGUCCAGGUCACGGGAACAGCGGAGGUUUGCUGCCGGGCGGACCGAGUGUCAGUGCGGGUCAGUGUGGGCAACAGCAAAGAGUCAGUCAACGAGGUGACCAACAGCGUUUCACGGCGACUUGAAUACAUUUUACAAGCAGUCAGACAACAUGGUGUCAGUGACAGAGACACCUCAGUGAGGAGGUUUCUCCACCGAGAGGCAGACCAGUAUCACAUGGAUGCAGAGGUUGUGGUCACUUUCUCAGAUUUUGAGAAGAUGGAGCAAGUAUGUAGUGUCCUGCUGGAGAAGCUGGACAAGAGUGUUAGUGUGGGAACACCGCAGUUCUACCACAGUGCUGAAUGCUUGAGUCAAAUGAGGCAGCGUGUGUGUGUGUCAGCAGUUGAAAAUGCUCAGCAGAAGGCCUGCGAAGUCAGUCAGCUCCUGGGGCAAACUCUGGGACCCCCCUUACUCGUCAGAGAGGAGGAGACAAGGGAGUGGAGGAAUGAGGAUGAGGAGGUUGGAGGCAGAGGCCAAAGUGCUGCACCCCUCCCUCACCUUCACUGUACACCCACAAUCACCGCCUCCUCACGGGUGUCUGUGUCCUUCAGCCUCAGAGACAGAAGCAGGAAAAAAUUCUGAAGGCAUUUGUCAUUGACUCGUGAAACCAAAGAGCAGUGUCACAUUUAAAAAGUAUUUUAUUUCUCACUUGUAAUGGCUGAAUAAAAGUGCAGUUUUUCAAGGUUUUGUCUA